UAAACGGCCUCGAUAGACCAAGGUACGUUUGCGAGACCGAAGUCAUGGAGGAGGUGAACGUGGCCACCGCCACCCCCGUCGAGUACACGCCUCCUGGGAACACGAAUAAAAAUGCGAAUGGGAACAUCAUCACCCUCACCCUAAAAAACAACCAUCUUAUCGUAGAGACGGAGGAGCGAGCGGUGACGAUGGAGGAUAAUAAGAACCGCAGGUACCAGGACAACGGGUGCUCGUUCGUGGUUGAGGUGCAACCGAGCUAUCAGGACGAGGCCAAGAAGGGAUCAGGAUCCACCGACGACGCCGAUCAGCAAGCUCUGGUUCACAGGGAAGAGAUCGCCGAGGAUCGAAAAUCGGGUUUCGAAAACACGAGGCUGUUCGGGAGCACGAACACGGGAUUGUCGCAGUCGGAUCUCUCGAUCUCGAGCCAAGGCUCGGUAAAUCCCAGCUACCGUUACGGCAAUCAAAUGGAGUACGACGCCGGCCACCUUGGUUACCCUAUGUACGGGGGUAGUUACGAGUCGGACACGUUGUCCCGGAAACUGGAGGGUGGCUCCAAGUGGGUGGAAUUCGACAAGUCGCCCGACACCGAGAAGACGUUGCUCUCGAAAACGUCGAGCGUGGACGCAGCCAAGGAUGGCAACGAGGAGAGCCCCUCGUUGGCCGGGAGACGGAACAACGUGGACGUUUCCCAGGGAUCGGGCGGGUCGAUGGACCAACAGGAUUCGACCGACGCGAGCAUCUCGACGGACACGGUCCGCUCGAAUCCGAAUCUCCAGGUGAACGGCGCCACCCCGACGAGCGAGGCGCAGCGGAGGGCGGCGAGCAACGACGAGGUCGGGAAGGGGGAGACUGCUAACAGGCCCGUGAUAACGGGAGCGUUGCUCAAGGACGACGUGCUCCAGGAGGACACUUUUCAGGAGCAGCAGCGGAAAUUGGGUAACGGGACGCUGACCCCCGAGCACAGGGACGAGGACAGGACGGCGAGGAAUCAGAAGGUCGAGAUGUUCGUGCCGAGUCACAAACGGAGCGGAAGCAUCCGCCCCGAUUGAUCGAGGAAAGCCUGGAGUUGGACCUGGAGCCGAAGAAAUCGUUGGACAUUUACAGCCAGAUCAAGA